AUGGACGAACUGAUCACUCUAGAAGGAGCUUCUCAAUCUGAACAAAUUAUUGGAUCCCAUGAUUUCUGUAAUUUCUCGAAUAUCACCCAUCAUGAACAUGAUGAGCAAUCUAUUCGUAUUGUCUGGUGGAGCAAUGUUGCAGUUUUACCAAUUAUCGCUUUGAUUGGUCUUGCCUGCAAUCUCUUGAACAUGGCAGUUCUAACUUCCAACAAAACCGCCCGUCGGAUCCCAUCCUGGAAUCUUCUAAUAGCUCUUGCAAUCUGUGAUAGUCUUUUCUUAAUAUUCGCUACUCUUGAUGUUACUCCACUUUCUAUUCCAUCUCUGGCAUUCUCCACAUCAUUCAAUCAUUUCUAUUCGAGAGUUGUUCUUUAUAUCCGAACACUGGCAUCAACAUUUUACAAAAGUUCAGUGUUAAUCGUCGUGGCCUUCAAUGUGGAGCGAUACCUGUGUGUCGUGUGUCCUCUGAAUUCUCAUCGAUGGUGUACUUCAAGAAACUCGAAGAAUGCGAUUGCCACCGCAAUCUUCGUUUCGUUUUUAUGUUCGAUUCAAUGGCCGCUGGCUUACAACACAAUUCGGUGUUUCGAGAGCAAUUCGAACGAGUAUUACUACGUGAUUCUUAUGUCGACCAAUCGCGCUCUUCAGAUUUACUACCGUACCAUGGACUACGUCUCCUUGUUUGCGUUUAACGUUCUUCCAAUCAUUGCCCUCCUCUACAUGAACUCCAGAAUCAUUUUCACUCUCCGUCGUGUCGUGGAUGAAGAUUCUCGAAGAGAUGAAGAAACGAAACUUUCCGAUGGGCUCAUUCAAAACGAGACCCAUAAUAACCGCACCAUGAGAGCCAAUGCAAUGCUCUUCGCUGUAGUCUUCAUGCUCUUUUUCUGUGUUGGACCACAAGCACCAGCACGUCUUCUAUUUGAUAUCUAUGGACAAUAUCAUCCAACAGCUAUCCUCUACGUAUGCUUGAGUCAACAACUUGUCUUUUUGAAUGCUUCACUCAAUUUCUGUCUGUAUUGCGUGGUUUCCAAGAGGUAUCGAACUCUGAUGAAGCAGACUUUGAAGAAGUUCCUGCAUACGCUUGAAGGCGUGGAUCGUCCAUUCCAAAUCAGUCUGAAACAAACAAAAAGCAGUUCGGCUCAUGUGACCUCUCUUGAGGAUCCACAAGCAAAUCUUAUUCAAAAUGUCUAA